AUGAGUGAUUGUUGUCUGAAGGGAUUCAAAUGGGGAGGUACGCCAUGUGGCAAAGCCGACAAGCUCGCCGGUAGAGAUUGCUAUGUCACUGGCACGAACGCCGAUGUUGCCAUUCUGGUUCUCCACGAUCUGUACGGUUGGACAUUCUCGAACAUUCGACUCUUAGCGAAUCAUUAUGCAGAAGAAGUCAAUGCUACCGUCUACGUGCCCGACCUGUUCGGUGGUGAGGUAUUAUCGGUGGAAAUCAUCAACGACCAAAGUCGAUGGGGAGAAUUGAAUCUGCCUGACUUUCUAAAGCGCAACAGUAAAGAAAUUCGCACGCGCGAGAUCUUCGAGUGUGCCCAGGACCUGCGGACAAAGCACAAAAAGACAGGCGCGAUUGGGUUCUGUUUUGGAGGCUGGGGUGCUUUUCGCCUGGGUGCAAAGGAUCGGAGCCUCGUCGAUUGCAUUUCCGUUGCUCAUCCGACGAACCUCGAGAAAGAUGAGAUACUCAACAUCAAUGUUCCGGUCCAGAUAAUGGCCCCUGAGUUUGAUCCGAUGUUCACAGAAGAGUUGAAGGUUUACAGUAAUCAAACCAUACCCACGUUAGGAGUUCCUUAUGAUUACCAGUUCUUUCCAGGCAUCGAACAUGCUUUUGCGGUUAGAGGGAAUCCAAAGAAUCCAGAAGAGCAGAAGGGGCUAGAGCGUGCGAAGAAUUGUGCGGUGUUCUGGUUCCGCCAAUGGCUGCAUUAG